AUGAGUGCCGAGACAUUUCAUCGAUUCAGACUCCAGACCGCCAUCCUGCACAAGAUCACCCAGAUGCUGCGUGCGAGCCAGCUCAGCUUCGCACCCAAAGCCCAGAAAGUCAUCUUCAUCGGCCACUCCUCGGCCAGCGUGACAGGCAACGCCAUCGCAACACACUACCCCACCGACUUCGAUGCCAUGCUCCUAACGGGAUAUAGCUACGAGCUCGUUACCGCCGGUGUGGGACUUCUCCUGACGCUGGUUCAGCCCGUGCAGAUACAGAAUCCAGCCAAGUUCGGAUCGUUCCCAUUGGGCUACCUCGCCUUCGGCUCUCGCAAAGGUAAGCGAAACUCCUACUACGCCGCAGACGGCUCGUUCAGCCCGGCGCUCGAGCAAUGGGACUUUGAGCAUCAGGACACCAUCACGAUUGGCCAGAUCUACUCAGCCUUCUCUGGGCUCCAGCGCGCGGAUGCCUUUACUGGUGAUGUCCUUGCCCUGACCGGUCAGGAGGUUGCAUUCUUCUGUGGUCCUACUGGCACGCGUGCGUUGGGCCCUCAGAGCUGUGGAAAAGGCGACGCGAGUAUUCCCGCGAGGACGUCGACGUUUUAUAAGAAUGCUCGAUUUGAGUAUUAUCUGGCGCCGAACACGAGCCAUGCUACGACGCUGCAUUAUAGUACGCCAGAUAGCAUUAGGGAGGCGCAUCAGUUCUUAGCUAGGAGGGGUUACUAG